AUGGCACAGUGGAAUCACAAUAGCAUGAAUCAUCUAAAUUUAACCUCACCAAAUUUUCAACCAGAAAAUAGCCCAGCUGGAAAUAAUUAUAAUAAUCCCUCCAACUUAAUGAAUGUUCCUCUGAGUUUUCCUAUGAAAAUGGAUAACCCCAAAUGGAGUUUUGGAAGUGAAUUACUCCAUAGCAACACAAGUUAUCAGACUUCCAGUUCAUUUAGACUGCCUUGGGAAAUCAACAGUGAAGUGAAUUGUCAUGGUUUACCUGUGGCAGCUGAAAGACAAAGGGAGUGGCUGAUGAUGUUAAAUCAGCGGAAGUUGGAUCAGGAUUUCCUCAAUAGUUUCAUACAGACCCAAAUGGUGUUCCGAAGUCAUUCACCCUUGACUAAGAUUAGCAGGCUUGGAGAUCUGACUAAAGAAGCUGAAAGGCUAACUUCACAUUUGAAAAUGGCAGAACAAAUAGGUGAAGCCUGCCAGAAUGCAGAAGGUGAACACAAGUUGGGGCAAAUCAAAGAGAGACUAGAAUUUAUAAAUGAACAAAUCAUUCACUAUUCAGCUUCAAAGGAAACCCAAGAAAAAAUAGAAAAAAGAAAGGAGAAAAGAAAAUGGAUGAAGAGAAAGAAAGAAAGAAGGAGGAAGGAAACGGAAAAAGCAAUACAUAGGCGCGAGGAACUAAAUGUUAUUAUUGACGAACAAAGAGACAUCAUUAGAAGAAAUGAAUUGCAACGCAAAAAGCAACAAGAAGCGAGACGUGAAGCAGAUGGUUUUUUUAGCGAAACCCGUCGUAAACAGAGUGAAGUCAAACGUCUCGGGCAGCUAUUGAACUCUUUGAAGGAACUACGGUCUUUGAGGGCACGUUCUCUUGAAUCUAGGUGCGCCCUUUUCUCCAAGCAGGAGGAUACGGACCACUUCAAUAAAACAUUAGAUUAUUUAGAUCUGCUUUUAAAAAAUAAGUCAACUGAAUAUGAGGAGGAAGAACAAUCUUUGAAAUUGAUCAUGACUGAUCGCCCUGGUACGAAAAGUCAGGAUGCAAUUCAAAAACUGUGGUGCAUGUACACACGUAAAGGAUCAAUUCAAAAUAAUUAAUUCUUUAGCGCCUCUUUGAGUUCUGCAAGAAGCAUGGAGCCAAUUAUCAUCUUCUCGCAGCAAACAGUUAAUUUAGGAUCGGCUCCAACCAGAACAGUAACCAAGACUAAUGAUUUGGAAGAUAAGGUCUGUCCGGCGAAUCUGUCGGAGGAAACGUGGAAAUAACCUAUAGGAACAAUUGUGAAGAGGCAUAAAACAUCAUCGUCCUACCUUAAGGUAUUUUGCUCGCUAGAAUUUAUGGAAGCCAUAUUUGCCGCGCGAAACAAUUUAGCUGAGAUAUUUUUCAUUUCUCUAAGUUCGGAUAUGUUGGUUAUAGGAAAACUAUGUUCAUUCAUCCCCUUCAAUUUCCCUAUUAAAGACAUAAUAAGUAGGUAAAUUUUUGCUUAAAUAUAUGCCGAGAUUACAAAUAA